GGGAUGAUCGGGACGAUCCUCUGUUACGUCCUGCUGCCCCUGUCGCGGCUCCUGCAGGCUUUCCAAGAUGCUUUCUUUAACUGUCGAAAGAACGCGCUUCUGCCAAAGAGCACAUCUAUAGACGGCCUUUCUGGUCCAAUUGGUGGGAAGCCAAGCUUGGAGGAGAAGCAAGCCCUGCUGCAGCAGUGGCUGGAGAAGGGGGCUGGGGGAGGUUGCACUAAUGAGAGGGCUUCAGAACUGGACGAAGUAUCAGCCAUUUCGGCUGUGGAGUGGCAAGAAGGCCCAGAGCUACUGAUGACAAGCUUAAGCAACUUGAUUGUCUCACCACAGUCUAAUGACCAAAAGGAGGAAGAAGAACAGCAGCAGCUGCUGCUGCAAGGGGUCUCCACUGAGGAAUCUUCAGGGCUACAGGAAUUUGUAGAACCUACCUUGGCAAGCUCACUAACACAGGAAAAAGAAGAUGUGGAAGUCAAUGCUCCAUGGGCAGCAGUACGGACAGAGGGUGAUCUUCCAGAUGUGGAUGCUUCUUUGUCCACAGAAGUAUGGAUUGAAGAUCCUGCUGUGCUAGCCUGGAGUCCUGCUCAGGAGAAUGAUGUGAUAUCAGCUGAGGCAGUAAUGUGGCCUUUUGCAGAUGCAGGUCAAUUUCAGCCACUCCCCCUAGAGAUACCUUAUCAUGAGAUUUUGUGGAGAGACUGGGAAGAUCUCUCUGCCUGCAACCCAGACCUGAACCCAGAGAGUGGGUCUCUGUUUGAAUUCAGAGUAAUGUCUUACAACAUUCUGGCCCAGGACCUGAUUGAGCAGUGCCCUCAUCUUUACAUGCAUUGCCAUCCGGAUACCCUAAACUGGAGCUAUCGUCUUGCAAAUCUCUUACAGGAGAUCCAGCACUGGGAUCCUGAUAUUCUCUGUCUCCAAGAAGUUCAAGAGAAUCAUUAUUGGGAGCAGUUGGAGCCAACGCUGAUGAUGAUGGGCUUUACCUGUAUCUACAAGCGGCGGACAGGAAGAAAGACAGAUGGUUGUGCAAUCUGUUACAAGCAGAAUAAAUUCCAACUGAUCAGUGCUAGCCCUGUUGAAUACUUCCGGCCUGGUUUGGAUAUCCUCAGCAGGGACAAUGUGGGCCUGGUGUUACUACUACAGCCCUUAUUAACAGAAAACCUGGGAGAGAAGGCAAUCAGCCCUUUGUGCGUGGCAAACACUCAUGUAUUGUAUAGUCCCCGUCGGGGAGACAUCAAACUGGCCCAGAUGUCUCUGCUCUUGGCAGAGAUUGACAAAACCGCAAAACUGGCUGAUGGCAGUUACUGCCCCAUCAUCUUAUGUGGGGACAUGAACUCUGUGCCUGACUCACCGCUAUAUAAGUUCAUCCGGAAUGGCCAGUUGUACUAUCAUGGAAUGCCAGCCUGGAAGGUGUCUGGACAGGAAGAAUUCUGUCAGAACCCACACCAACGGAAAUUGCUGUUUCCUCUGUGGCCUGGCUGCCUGGGUAUAACAGAUGACUGCCAGUAUAUCACUCUUUGUCAAAGCAAGAAGUCAGACAGACUUAAAUAUAGUCGUGACUUCCUGCUUCAGUUCCGUUACUGUGAUGUUGCCUGUGAGCGACCUGCAGACUUGAUCCUGUUGGAAGGUGUGACAGAUGCUGUGCCAGACCGUCCUGCAUAUUGGCCUAAAGACCUCACUGUAGAGAACAAAUCUGAUCCAGAACUGGUUUGUUCAAGGUAUCCAGGCAGUAUUCACCAUAGCCUCAACCUGACCUCAGCUUACAACCACUUCCUGCCUGAGAGAGGUUGCCAAGAGAUUACAACCAUGCCAAUGGGAGUGGGAGCCACUGUGGAUUAUAUAUUUUACUCAGCAAUGCCAAUCAAGAAUGAUCAGGAAGAAUAUCGCAGGAUGUACCAAGAUGGAGCCCUAAAGCUGCUUGGCCGCCUCUCCCUUCUCUCUGAGGACAUCCUGUGGUCAGCAAAUGGCUUGCCAAAUCCUUUCUGUUCAUCUGAUCAUCUUUGUCUGCUGGCCAGUUUUGGGCUAGAGAUUCCUGACUUCUAAUCAUGUGCCAGAUCUUCAGGACUCUCUUAAGAGUUGGCCUGAAUGAGAAAAUCAUGCCA